AUGUAUCAGCGGCGAGUGAUUCAGGAGUACAUCUCCAAGUAUCCGGACCAGUUCCGCUACGACUAUGCCAUCAGCCGGGAACAGAAGAACGCUGCAGGACAGAAGAUGUACAUCCAGACCAAGAUGGCUGAGUAUGCCGAGGAGCUGUGGGAGCUGAUGCAGGACGAGAAGACCCACAUCUACAUGUGCGGCCUGAAGGGCAUGGAGUCUGGCAUGGCAGAGUGCUUCACCCCGAUCGCGGAGAAGUACGGCAAGGACUGGGCGGAGUUCGCCAAGGCGAUGAAGAAAGCAGACCGCUACCACGUUGAGGUCUACUAA